AUGUGUGAAAAGAUGAACGGAUUUAUCACGAAAUCUCUAAGAAAAUUAGCUUUGUGUUACCCAAGGAAAUGGGAUCGCCAUAUCUCUACAAUAUUGUAUUCUUACCGUAUCCGAGCUCAUCAAGUUCUAGGAAUCUCGCUUUUUAAAUUGUUGUAUGUUAUUAAUGCAGGUACUUAUGAUCAAGAUCCAAUUGUAAAGUUUGGUAGAACCUUAGGUUUGGAGCGAUUGAUGUAUAUUCAAGAUGUGCGUGAUGAUCUAACUGAUAAAUUUUUGGACGACUAUCCAGUCAAUAACAAUACGCCUCGCUUUUCUGUUCGAGAUCUGGUACUUAAGCGUGAUUUUGUAAAGAAGAACUCCCUUCAAGGCCACUAUUUACAAGGCGGUCAUUGCCUAUCCUUAUCAAAUAUUUUAGCUAUGCGAUCUCAGUACAAGAAUAAUACAGAAAAAUAG